AUGCAGGCGCUCGUCCGCGCGCAGGCCGCCGUGCGCGCCAGACGCGCCGGCGUCGCCGCCGCACUCCCGCACCUCCACCACCCGCCGCCCGUCCGCCCGCGCUACUCGCUGCAAGAGCGGUACGCGGACGACACGCGGAGCGAGCACGGCGGCGUGGCGGCGUACAGCAGCCGGCGGCUGUCGGCGAGCGUCGAGUCCUCGUCGUACGGCUACGACCGGAGCCCCAAGAUCGUGGAGGUGGACACGGGCCGCCCCAAGUCGCGCUCGUCGUUCUCGCGCCGCGCCAGCUCCCCGCUGCUCGACGCCGGCGGCAGCAGCGGCGGCGAGGACUGGUGCGCCGCCAACCCCGCGUCGUCUACCCUCGACGGUCCCACGGAUCACGACUUGACGAGCGACAGCGACCCCAACCCCGCCCGGCCGCCCGACCCGAGUGCACAAGCAAAAGCUGAACCAACCUGA